AUGGACGUGGCCGCGGCGCACCAUCCAAUCGUGGCUCUCAGCUUCAACCCCGAGGAGGAUCCAGCACAUUUAGAGGACCCAGGCAACGUGGCCGGGCUCGAGGCACAGGCACUUUUCCAAACCGCGGUCGUGGCGCUGGCGCUGCGGCUGCUGGCUCAUCUCAUUCAGUCACGGCUAAGCAAGGAGCUGGUCCUCAAAACGGCAAUUCACCAUUCGCCCAGAUCAAUCAACAAAACCCCUUCUCGUCUCCUUUCGGUGGCCCUGCUCAACAACAAGCACAGCCCCAAAAUACCUCGCCCUUUUCCGGAAUCACGAAUGGAGCACCUACCCCGAACUCGAAUCGUGCGCGAGGGGGGGUUUCGAGGUGGUGCCAGAGGAGGCACGCCGAGACAUAAUCAGUGGGUAAAGCCGACUAGAAAGAUGAAUGGCGCUCCUGGACAACCAAUUCCUGUGGAGGAUAGCUCUAUUCUGGCACAAUACCAUCAACGAUAUGACCAGCUCAAACUCGAUCGCGCAAAGGAAAGGCAACAGGCCAUUAAGGAUGGCCACAUGGCCGAUCCUGACCAGCCCACCUCUCUCAACCAGGCAAUCACACCAGUCGGAACAUGCGAGGGCAUGUGCCCCGAAUUCGAAAGCAUUGAACGCAUUGUACAAAAAAUGGUGGAUAAGUGCGAAAAGGUAUACAUCUGUAUUAUGCUUUCCAGACCAAGUCCUGACCCUGACCACCCUUGCCAGUAUCUCCACCCGUCGACCAAUGCCCUUCAGAAUAUGGAAUGGAAAAUGCUCAAGCGUUUCCGAAGAUCAGCAGCGGGCUACGAUGAACAGCUUCCUUCCGAUAUUCGAACUCCCAAGGCCCUUCUCCAGACUACUAACUAUCUGAUUCGACAUGUUCUUGGUGGAUCCGAACCGCUAGCACUAAUUCACAAAUUUGUCUGGGAUCGAACUCGGUCCGUUCGUAACGAUUUUUCGGUCCAACAGGUUACCCAGGAAAGCGACGUGAGAAUAGCAGUGACCUGUCUGGAGCGAAUUGCCCGAUUCCACAUCGUCUCGCUCCAUUUACUGUCAAACCCGGCGAGUGAAGAACCCUUUGAUCGGCACCAAGAACGCGAGCAACUCAACAACACCAUGCUUUCCCUUAUAUACUACUAUGACGAUAAUCGUGGUCGCAUCGCCUUCCCAAACGAGGAUGAAUUCCGCGCAUACUACAUCAUCUUCUCCAUCCAUGAUCAACGACCCGACCUGGAGGCUCGCGUGCAGAAGUGGCCGGUGUCUUUGCUCGAAUCCCCCCCGCGUCCAAGUGGCCAUGGAGCUUUACACAGCCUCGUGCAAUACGUGGCAACCUCAAGUGUCUCAUACCUCAUGGCAUGUGUGGCUGAGAUUUACUUCAACUACGUUCGACAGACAGCUAUUCGGACCAUUUGGAAAGGAUACUGUCGCACGCCAAUAUCCCAGCAGCACAGAAACGAGGAGUGGACAGUCGAUGAAUUAACCCGGGUUUUGCAUUUCGAUGAUGAAGAACAGACAACGAAGUUUCUUGACGAGCAAGGCCUUGAGCUUGCUUUCAAUGAGCAGGGUCAGCAAUAUUUGAACUGGGGCUCCCGUCACAUUGAAUCUGUCGAAUUCUCUCCGUCGACAGAGCACGCCUAUUCAGAAACAUUCGUUGAAAAUAAGCGUUCUGGAAGAAGCCUGGUAGCCAUCGUUCUGGGCAUGAGCAUCCGAGAAGCAGCACGUAUGGGAAUGGUCGACCAAUCUUCUCUUCACGAACGUAAUGCUCCAUCGCCAAAGGAUAUCUCGCUUGACCAAGAUGACUCUCUUUUCGUCUCAAGCAUCGGUAAUGGGGUUCCAGAACCGGUGGUUGAGAUCAGUGACUCUCCAUUGGGAUCGGAAUCGCCUGCGCCUAACAGUCCUAGUAUUUUCCAAAACUCUACACCACCGACGACUGUGAACAUACCCGUGACCACGCAACCAAGCGCUCUCCCUGCCACGUCGCAGCCUGUGAAUCCAUUCCAAGCGCCUCAGCCUCCCAAUCCAUUUGGUUCGAUGUUCUCUGGCACUGCUUCAAACGAAUCGACCCCGGUGACAACCUCCGCUGCUACUCCAGCCGUGCCAUCGAACCCUUUUGCAGCUUCGCAAACAUCGCAAUCUCAGAGUCCGUUCCAAACUUCAUCUUCGCCUUUCGCGUUCCCCAAGCCGACAGAGCCAGCCGAAGCGACCGGGAAAGAAGACACCCCAGCAGUAUCGGCAGCAGAAACUCCAAACCCUUUUGGUAACUUCAAGCCAUCACAGACUCUCAGCAACCCUCUAGGCUCCUCUCCUGCUCCUCCUCAAACAUCCUCGAUAUUUACGAAUGGCGGAUUAUCCAAUGGCACUGCGGAACAAUCUGCGGGCAUCCCGAAUCCUUUUGCCUCUUCUUUGGGCCAGAAACCUUCCGAAACACCCAAGGAAGCUGGUUCAUCUACUACCAGCACAUCAGCAGCUCAACAGACGCCUUCUUUUUUUGCUCCUACCAAAUCACCUUUCUCUCCUGUUGAAGCUAAGGAGCCCGUCUCGCAGAACACAACUUCAACGGGAAUAUUCGCUCAAACUACGAAACCCUUCAAUUUUCCUACCCCCCAAAAUACUUCUCAAUCCUCUCAGUUGUCUGCAUCUAUCGGCCCUGGCAUCAGUUUCACUCAGGAAUCCUCGACCAUAUUUGAAUCUGUCAAGCCCCCAAGCUUCAGUGGCUUCUCAAACCCGCCGUGGUUCGCUCCGCCAAAUGACGCCAACAAGGAAACGAAAAACACCCAAGCACCAACAGCAACACCUACCUUCGAUUUCUCCAACCUCUCUUCUCUCCUGCGAACCCCCCCUGUCCAGCCCACGUCGGAAACGAAGACUAAAGAUUCCGACGAAGGGGACCAUGAAGCCCGAGACGAGCCCAAGCUCAGGAAACCAGAUGGUGCUGUAAAGAUUGAUGGAAAGGAAAAGGAAACGACCACGGCGCACGUUAUGUCGCCCGAGCCUUCCAAGGCCUUUACUCAACAAGUUGAUACUCCGGAGGAACCUCUUCAACUGCCGGCUUUCUCUAGUCCCCAAAACCUAGAUCCUCCCGCCGAGGAGACAGAGGCAGAACGCCAGGCCAACUGGAAAGAGUUCAUUCGAAAAACAUCUGAGAAACAGAAGAAGGAAGCCGAGGAACAAGCAAAGAGCCGGAAAAGAGCAUUAGAUGAGUCUGCCGAGACUGAGAAGUCCCGAGAGAGAUCUAGUUCGAAGGUUCUCAAGACAUCGGGCUCGAGUGAAUCUUCUCCUCCCGCCAAGAAGUACUCCCUUGCCGAAGCAUACGCCAAAGCACUGCCCAAACUGCCGUGUCUGGAUCGCGUCAAAGCCUUAAUCGAGCGCAAGACGCCAGCCGAUGAUGAAACCCAGGUCUCGAAGCCACAUAAUCGCCAAGUUGACGAAGAUGAGCUUUUGCUGAAUUCUGCUCGAAUCGCAGCAGAACGACUCCGCACGGGGCCGAAGAUUUUUGAUCCCUCGCCUGAGUACGAUCUGCGGCGCUCCUCGUACAGCCCUUCUGCUAGCUACUACAACUCCCCUUACUCGCUGAGCCAGUCCCCCCGACCUCAUGGGUACAAGGUGGUGCAUGCGCCAAAUGUACCAGAAGGCCUCGGCCGAAGCAUGUCUGCGUCGGAGCGGCGAAUCCGGGCGACUGGAGCCCACGGCCUGGCCUACAAGGAGCUGGACUUUUCCCAGGUGGAUAAGCGCAAAGAGAAGCGCAAAUAUUUGAACAGUGAAUAG